AAUUUGAAUCUGCUGACUUGUGGCGUUGUGGCACCACUGUUCCAAAUUGGCGGGCUAGCGUCAUAUUUAGUGGACGGCUCAUUCAUUUUUACUUGAAUUUAUCAAUUUUAACAUUAUUCGUUUGUGUUCGUUGUAACAAUGGGGGAUAAGGGAGACUCCGAAACCUUCGACGACGCGGUCGAGGAGCGAGUCAUCAACGAAGAGUACAAGAUCUGGAAAAAAAACACCCCUUUUUUGUACGACCUUGUAAUGACACAUGCCCUCGAGUGGCCCUCUUUAACCGCCCAGUGGCUGCCCGAUGUAACGCGCCCCGAGGGCAAAGACCACUCCAUCCACCGCCUAAUCCUCGGCACUCACACCUCCGACGAGCAAAACCACCUCCUGAUCGCCAGCGUCCAGCUCCCGAACGAAGACGCUCAGUUCGAUGCCUCGCACUAUGAUAACGAAAAGGGCGAGUUUGGCGGUUUUGGCUCAGUUUCGGGGAAAAUUGAGAUUGAAAUUAAAAUCAACCACGAAGGAGAGGUGAACAGGGCUCGCUACAUGCCCCAGAACCCGUGCGUUAUAGCCACAAAAACCCCCUCAAGCGACGUGCUAGUGUUCGACUAUACGAAGCACCCCAGCAAGCCUGACCCCAACGGGGAGUGCCACCCGGACCUGAGACUCCGGGGGCACCAGAAGGAGGGCUACGGGCUGUCCUGGAACCCCAACUUGAACGGCUAUUUGCUCUCGGCCAGCGAUGACCACACGAUCUGUCUCUGGGACAUUAACGCGACCCCGAAAGAGAACCGAAUUAUAGACGCGAAGACCAUUUUUACGGGGCACACUGCCGUGGUGGAGGACGUCGCCUGGCACCUUCUGCACGAAAGUCUCUUCGGUUCGGUCGCAGACGACCAGAAAUUGAUGAUUUGGGACACUAGGUGUAACAAUACGAGCAAACCGUCGCACACUGUCGAUGCACACACUGCUGAGGUUAACUGUCUCAGUUUCAACCCCUAUUCGGAGUUUAUUCUUGCAACUGGGAGCGCUGAUAAGACUGUAGCUUUGUGGGAUUUGAGGAAUCUUAAGUUGAAAUUGCACAGUUUUGAGUCGCACAAGGAUGAGAUUUUCCAAGUGCAGUGGAGCCCCCAUAAUGAGACUAUUCUGGCGUCGUCGGGGACCGAUCGCAGGCUGCAUGUCUGGGAUUUGAGCAAAAUCGGAGAGGAGCAAAGUCCGGAGGAUGCAGAGGAUGGGCCUCCGGAGCUCCUCUUCAUACAUGGGGGCCACACGGCCAAAAUUUCAGAUUUUAGUUGGAAUCCCAACGAACCGUGGGUUAUUUGUUCCGUGUCUGAGGAUAAUAUUAUGCAAGUGUGGCAAAUGGCCGAGAAUAUUUAUAACGAUGAGGAGCCCGAGCAACAGGCCGAUAUGGAAACUCCAGCGAAUUAGUCUAGUUUUUUUAUUUAUGUUUAGUUUUAGUGUUACCUGUAAGCAUACCACGUUCUCGUUUCCUUUACUGAAGUAAUUAAGUGAAAGUGUGACCAUUUGUGUUUAUCAAACUGAAACAUUAUGUUAUCCACAAUAUUUUAAACAUUUUUUACAAAUAAAUAAAUACUUUGUCCAGAA